GCAACGGGCAAACCAGGAAACCAUGUAAUUGUAGCUUUUGUUUUCGAUUUAUGUGACCGUGCCGGUUUCACCUGCAAUUGUAACAGCACAGAUAUGGGUGACUUUCCUGUAAACCCUCUGGUUAUAAUCGGUGUAGGAUCCAGCUUCGCCUUUUCUGGCCUGUUCUAUCAUUUAUACCAAGAAAAGAAGAAAGAGUUGAAAAAGCUGAAGGAAAUACCCAUUUUCAAACCAGAUCAACAUUUGGUCAGGGUACUGAAAGCGUCUCCCCACAAGAGGCUCCAGUAUGUUGCUGUAGAAGGUCUGGUCCAGGCAGACGGGGAGCCUCUGGCCAGCCAGUUUGUCCCACGAUGCUUUGGUGUGAUUCAGAGGAUAGCCGCAGAGGAACACUGGAAAUACUGGAACACCCUCACCAGGACAUGGAACUCUCGGACGAUGAACUCGAAAGAAACCAAAAACUCUGUGCCCUUCAGUCUGGUCAGCCCUGGGGUCUACUUCACUGACUUGUAUGUGAAGGUGCAGAACCCUCUGGAGGCCUCUGGGUGCUACUUGGAGAGGGUUUACCACCGAGUGAGACGCGCUGAGGAGGGCUUGGUGAACGUGGUGAUGCAGGGCUUGAGCGGGGAGAAACCUGUGGCGAUGGAGGAGAGCGAGGAGCUGCUGCGGGUGGGCACCACCCUGACUGGGUUUGGGGAGGUGGUGCUGGAGGGAGGCCAGGUGAUGAGGCUGCAGGCCCCUCAGGAUGGCCGCAAGUACAUCCUGGUGCCCACUGACUACAGGAGCUUCAUAGACGGGCACGAGAGUUCAGCCAGCAUGUGGAAGACGCUGACUGCAGUUACUGGCAUCACUGGAGCUUCUCUUUUAGCUCGAGUCAUUUACAACCUGGUCAAAAAACAGGAUGACAAAUAGAAGUAGACCUGAAGAGGUGGAGCCUGCAGGUUUAACAGCUUCAAAGGCUGUCAUGCAGCCUUUUGAGUGUCUCAAUACUGCCUCAGGUGUUUUGUCAACAGACUCCAUAUUGCAGUCUUGAUGCUAAGAGGAAUCAGUUGCAUGUCUUGAUGUGUUUCACUGCUGACAGGUAUUUCUUUAUGUUGCAAAAUGUAGCAACGCCCUAAAAGACCAGUUCACAGAUUAAACCACUUGUCAAACUUUGCUUAUCUAUCUUGAAGUAAGAAGUAAGAAUGCUUGUGGUUGUGAGUGGUUCUCAAGGACGCCCAAAUUGAUAUCCAUCAGGCCGCGGACCUGUAUUUGAUAAGAUGUAGUCUCAGGGAUCCCCAUCUGAUUAGAUUUAGUUAUUCCAUAACUGUCUAUACUGUAGAUUGGCAGAUUAACAAUGAAGAGUGUGAAACCUAUGAACAGAAUCAUCAUUCUUAUACAUUUUAUUGACUAGAAAUCCAUAAAAUGAUGAAAUUAAAAUAUUUCCCAUUUUUCUGGGGAUCCCCUGGAGUGCCCUCAAGGACCACUGGGGGUCCCCAGACCCCAGGUUGAGAACCACUGUUUUAAAGAACCAACCUAAGAGUAAAAACUUGUUUAAUCACAUGUAUGUUCACAACAGAAUUAGAGGAUUUAUACAUACAGCAUAUAUCUGUACAUCUGCCAUAUUGUUACUUUUUUAGAAAAAAUCUUACAUUUUACUUAUUCUGCAAAAACGUGAUUUUCCUUGUGUGAAAUCCCUAAUAUCUCCAGUAAUAAUUAAUAACAAUCUAUUUAUAAUAACAGUAUAUUAAUAGGGAUAAUUGUGCAGCACUGUGACUUUGGGUUAAGAUGUCGACCAUGACCUGCAACGUCCCCUUCAUCUGACUGAAGAUUUGAAUGAAUCUCUCUCAUUUCCUGUCAUCUCUCCACUGUCGCUAUCUGAUAAAGCCAUACGUGCCCCCCAAAUAAUUUAAAAAUAGAGAUAAAUAGGGAUGAAAUAAUAGGAGAUUGACUGAAAUGGAAACAAAAUUGAACCCCGAAGUGGAGCAGGAAAAGAAAUUCUGCUACACCAGAUUAAACAGAUUGGGAUCAUUUAGUACCACAAUGACAAAUACAGACAGAACAAAGUGGUUUCAAAUGUUAAAACCAAAUUCAAAUAUUAGACUGAAGGUACCCUUACCUGAAUUAUACUAUAUAUCACAUAUUAUCUCAUUACUCAUGAUCAAUGAUAUUUUAUACAGUCACUCCCACACCUGUCUCAGAGUUGUGUGCUCAGCUGUUUCUAUACUGUAGUCAUCGAGGAUCUACUCAACUUCAAAGCUUUUAUUCUUAAAUUGGAGUGAAAGUGAAAGAUUCGUGUUUAGCUAUGACAAAUGAAAAUAAGGUUAAAACCUGAUCGUAGCCUCUUAGCUGUGAUUAAAUUAUUUUUUCUUCAGUCACUGGACCAUAAAUGUCAUAAGAGGCAUGUGAAAAGAGAUGUAACAACUCAGAGAGGCUUUAAAUGCAGGAUGUUUAACUAAUUAAUUAAUUAUAGGAGUAAAAGAAGGUCAGUUACUUAAUCAUGGGAACGUUAUGUUUUUGUAAUCAAAGAGGAUUUUUAUAAUUUUAGAUGAAAGUUUGUGUUACAUUUGCUGUCAAAAUCCAAUCAAGCUUUUAUUUUCCUAAUCUUUUGUUUUUGUUUUUAAGAUUUUAACUGUGAACCUGAUCAAAGAAAUAUUAUUUCAUGAUUGAAGUUUCCUGUUGUUUUGACAAGAUGACAUGAAAAUCAAAUUGGACUGAAUCAGUUUAGCUGGUAAUCUUCUACCUCUUAGAUCAUGGUGUUUUUACUGUAUAAUUUUAUGAACUGCAGUCAGUGUUGUAGAAAAUAAAACCACUUGUACACAAUAUUUUAAAAAAGUUAAUGAUUUUAGUCUUGUACUUAAUUAAACUGCUUUUCAAAACUGUGUUGCAAUACUUUAUCCUGUGACUGAGACAAACGUGGCUUCAACAUAUUUCCUUUAUUUGGAUAGUGACAUUCACAGCACACAGCCGUCACAUGACGAGGCACUAUGUGAUAAGAUGUAUGUCAGCUGUACAGAGCAGAUCCUGGUGUUUAUUAGGAGCAGAAAGCUGUUGUAGAGGAUAGAGCAAAUUUCUUGACCAAGUUU